GAAUGGUGCGUUUUCACCUUAUCUGAAGUGAUCUUUAGCAUCCCAGAUAAACCAGAAAGUACACCUGCUAUGUCCAUAUUGGAAGGAGAGGACUGCGGACUUACCAGUUUGACUUACAGAUCAAGUUCACCCUUCUCUCCGUCGUCACAGGACGAUGAACAUGCUAUCCCCUCAAGAAUCUCACAAGCGGAGAAGUUUACGAGGUUUAAGAAGUACUUGGAGUACAGAAACAUUGCACCUGCUGCGAUGCGAUAUGAUGACAGCGAUAGUACAGAUCCAGAUCUGUUCUAUGAUCUGCAGGUGUUGUCGAAGAAGAGAGAUACACGAUACGUACAGAGACCGUUUGCGUUUAGUGCGAAGGAAGACGUUACCGUAAGUGAAGGUGCCCUUAAUUCUUACCAAGCCUAUGAUGUACAUCGAGAGCAGUACCUUGAACCCUACGAAGCAGAAGGUGGUCUGGCAUCACGGUAUGAUGAUUCGAUGGAACUGCGCUCUAUAAAGGUGAUUCAAAUACCCACAAUGGGUAACUUCGUUGAAUGCAAGGGUAACUUGGUUGAAUGUUACGGUAAUUGGUUACUGAUAGGUUCUGGUUCCCAUCUAACGCUAUUGAAGAAUGAAAACAUCAUCAAAGUUCAUGAUUUGAGACCUCGCAUGACCACCGUUACCCAUAUUCAAAAUGCGACAUGGCAGGUAAAUCCACAUACUUUGAAUCUGGUCAAAGUUGUUAAGCUUAUGGGAGAGGAUAUGCUCAUAUGUUGUUUAGACGAUGGCCGAGUUUUACUCUACGAGCUAAAAGCACUGAACUUGUAUUCAGAGUUAUCACAACCGUUGUUUGAGAUAGCAAUGGAGUCUUCAGUUUGGGGAGCUGAUGCGCAGGACAAUGUUCUUGUGAUGUCGGAUAAUAGCCAUAAGGUAACGCUUGUUUAUUUCUGCAAAACUGAGAGGAAAGUUAUAUGUGCUGGACAGUCUACUGAAUUCAGCUCUAAUAUUCCAGAUGUCUCUAUCAUCAAAUCUGAAAUAGAUAGCGUGACUGUUUCGCUUGUUAAUAUUGAUGGAGAGUUCCUCGUCAUCAAUUUCGACCUAAAUACUGAAUUAAUCGAAAGUGAGAUCUUGGAGGGUGACUUGGCCAAUCCAAUCACUUUACACCAGCUGCUGGGUAGAGCAGAGGACUCUAUACUAUGUACAGUACGGUUUCGUACCAAAGUUGACGAACAAGGUUGGACCGUUAACACCGUCGAUGCGGACUGUUUCCUAGAGGUGAACAAUCCGGGGUAUUUAGGAGCUUAUGACAUUGACACUGUUGAAGUGAUGAAGUGCUCGGAGAUCCUAGGGUUAAGUGAGAACUAUAUGGUUUCCUCCAAUCUUGGUGGGGCUUCAAACUUUGUAUGUCUUGACACCAUUGCACAAUUCGCUGAGAAGCCAGAUUCUCGUUCGAGGAGUACUCUCAACUCUGUGACCGAUAAGGUGAGCCGUAUCAAGAAGGCGUACUACGACAUGGAGCUGGGUCCUCACACAACUGAGAGUGGAGGACUUAAUAGCCUAGACGGCAAAUUCCUCCUCCUCACUACAGAGACAAAAUGUGCACUGUUCCGAGCAGACAGACUCAUUUGCAAUGCCACUACACAGGAGGUGUUCGAUUUAGUUACAGAUGAAUAUGCAGAGUACGCCAACAGAAUCUCCAUUGUCCGGGUGAUUCCAAAGAUCAAUGCGUACAUCGCUGUUUCACAAGCUGGAAUCGUAUCCAUUGGCAGAUUUGUCAAGCACCGCGGGAUCCAUUCCAUCAGAGAGGAGCAUGCCUGGAGAUGUCCUAAGGGGCCCAACACCAGAGACGAUGAAGCACGGACCGUUGCUGGGGUUGCGCUUCGGGAAAUUGGGCAAUCAGUCUACCAAAUUUACCUGGUUUUCUCUGACGGGGAAGCACAUCUCUUCGACUUGAGAACGGCAGACUGUGACGACACCAACCUGUCGAAUUUCUUAAUAUGACUCUACACCCGUAUAUACAGAGCUCUUUAGACCAAUAAACGAAACCCGGAUAGU